UAAUAGCAUUGGGAGCUGGUGGAACCAAACCCAACAUAUCAACAUUUGGAGCUGAUCAAUUUGAUGUUUAUGACGAAGAGGAAAGAGCCCUAAAACUUUCAUUCUUCAAUUGGUGGACUUUCGCUCUCUUCUUUGGAAACCUCCUCUCAAGCACUGUCCUCAUCUAUAUCCAAGAUAACGUUAGCUUUUCAGUUGGCUACAUCAUACCCACAAUUGCAUUAGCCUUUUCAAUACUAGUAUUCUUUGUUGGCACACCAUUUUAUAGGCAUAAGUUGCCUUCCGGUAGUCCAAUCAUAAGAAUAGCUCGUGUUUUGGUGGCCUCUAUUCGAAAAUGGAAGAUUCCUUAUCCAAUAGAUUCAAAAGAAUUAUAUGAGCUCGACUCCGAGCACUCCUCAAAGAAGGCAUAUUACAAAAUCAAUCGCUCAAACUCACUAAGGUUUUUGGACAAAGCGGCAGUGAUGACAGGUUCAAACGAUCCAUGGAUCUUAUGCUCCAUAACUCAGGUAGAAGAAACCAAACAAAUCAUCAAAUUACUACCAGUCUUCAUAACAUCAAUCAUUCCCAGUGUAAUGAUGGCUCAAGUCCUCACCCUCUUCAUCAAACAGAGCAUGACUAUGAACCGCAGAAUAGGAUCUAAUCACUUCCAAAUCCCCCCUGCAAGUCUCUCUUCCUUCUUCACCAUUGGCACUCUCACAAGCGUCGCCAUUUAUGACAGAUGUUUUGUCCCCCUAAUCAAAAAGCGCACCAAAAACCCCAGAGGGAUAACGAUGUUGCAGAGGAUAGGCAUUGGGGAAGCAUUCCACAUCCUCAUUAUGAUCAUGGCAGCGCUCGUCGAGCGGCGGGGGGUGUGUGCUGUGAGAUAUCAUGAGCAACCAUUAACUGUUUUUGUUAUCUCGCCACAGUUUCUGCUGAUGGGAGUUGCAGAGAUGUUGGUGGAAGUGGGAAAGAUGGAGUUUUUCUAUGAUCAGGCGCCGGAAGGUAUGAAGAGCAUGGGGGCUUCGUUCUUUACGACGAGUAUUGGGAUUGGGAAUUUUAUCAGUAGUUUUCUUCUGUCAACAAUGGCGAAAGUGACGAGAAGAGGGGGGAGAAGGGGAUGGAUUGAGAAUGAUUUGAAUGAGUCUCGUUUAGAUUGUUAUUAUGGGUUUUUUGCGGUUCUUAAUUUGAUUAAUUUUUUAUUAUUUUUGAUGGUUUCUAAGUUUUAUGUUUAUAAUAAAGAAGUUGUUAAGGGUGAGAAUGAGGUGACAUAAAUUGUUAAACAAUGAUUGG